AACAGAAAAUACAACACGCAAUUUGUAAACAGACCGUUUAUUUUCCUGCAUAAACUACAACCACAAAAGAAGCACACGAUUCAACCGGCUGAAAAAAUAUAUGAAACGACAAACGCCAGGAAUACACACAGACACUGCUCAAAACAAACUACAACUCCCAUGGUUCCGCGCGGCAUCGCUGUUAUUUGGCUUCAUGUCUUGUAGACGUGGGCAGCAGGGAGGGACUCGAACAAACAAACCUCCAGAACACCAACAUAUAUAAAUAUAUAUCUCCUGACAUGCGGAGGGGAUCUGAAGGAUAACUCCUCUCACCAGACCCCCAACAUGUGGUUGAAGCCGGAGGAGAUCCUGCUGAAGAACGCCUUUAAACUCUGGGUCACUGAGAAUGACAAUGAUUAUUUCGUGCUGCAGAGGAGACGGGGCUACGGGGAAGGGGCAGGCGGGCUGACAGGUCUGCUGGUGGGAACCCUGGACACGGUCAUGGACUCCACAUCCAAGGUGGCUCCGUUCCGCAUCUUACACCUCACCCCCGACUCCCAGAUCUACUGGUCCAUCGCGUGCGGUGGCACCAAGGAAGAGAUUGUGAAGCACUGGGAUUGGCUGCAGCAGAACAUCAUGAGGACCCUGGCCGUGUUCGACUCCAGCGAUGACAUCACCAGCUUCGUCCAGGGAAAGAUCAGGGGUCUGAUCGCCGAGGAGGGCAAGAGCUCUAUGGUGCAGGAGGAGGACCCCGAGAGGUUCAGGGAGGCCCUGCUCCGGUUCCACAAGUGGUUCGAGCUGCCGGCCAAGGAGAAGCUGGUCACCUACUACUCCUGCAGCUACUGGAGGGGCCGCGUGCCCUGCCAGGGCUGGCUCUACCUCAGCACCAACUUCCUCUGCUUCUACUCCUACCUGCUGGGCGCCGAAGUGAAGCUGGUGAUCUCCUGGGAUGAGAUCUGGCGCCUGGAGAAGACGUCGAACGUGAUCCUGACGGAGAGCAUCCACGUGCAGGCUCACGGCGAGAACCACUACUUCUCCAUGUUCCUGCACCUCCACGAGACCUUCCUGCUCAUGGAGCAGCUGGCCGACUACUCUGUCAAGAGGCUGUUCGACAAGGAGUCGUUCAACCGCGAGCCCAGCCUCUGCGACCCCCUGCAGAUCACUAAGAGAGGUCUGGAGACCCACGCCAGAAGCGAGCAGUUCCGGAUGUUCUUCCGCCUCCCCCGGGAGGAGAACCUCCUGGAGGUCCACGAGAGCUUCCUGUGGGUGCCCUUCAGCCACUUCAACGCCCUGGGGAAGAUCUGCCUGUCGGAGAGCUACCUCUGCUUCGCCAGCCAGGACGGCACCCAGUGCCACGUCAUCAUCCCCAUCCGCGAGGUGGUCAGCGUGGAGAAGCCCGACUCCAGCAGCCGGUCGCUGACGGUGUGCGUGCGGGGCAAGCGGGCGCUCCGCUUCUCGGAGGUGCGGUACUACGAACGCCUGGCCGGGACCAUCCGCAGCCGCUGCGGCAUCGCCAGCAGCCCGCAGCACUCGGCCUCCACCGAGACCAUCAAGGGGGAGUGCCAGACACUGAUCAACCACUUUGAGGACAACCCCGACGACGUGACGCUGAUGGUGGGCCAGAGGGACAGCAGCAAGGCCGUGAGCACGGAGGCCCUCAUGACCGUCUUCCACCCGCAGGACGUGGAGAACCUGGACCCCAAGAUGCUGAAGGAGAAGAUGAAGGAGCAGUCGUGGAACAUCCACUUCACAGAGUACGGUCGAGGAACCAGCAUGUUCUUCACCAAGAAGACCCGGGACCUGAUCGUCCGCGGCGUUCCCGAGGCGCUCCGAGGAGAGCUGUGGAUGUUGUUCUCAGGGGCGGUCAACGACAUGGCCACCCACCCCGGCUACUACACGGAGCUGGUGGAGCACUCCCUGGGCACCUCCACCCUGGCCACGGACGAGAUCGAGAGGGACCUCCACCGCUCGCUGCCCGAGCACCCCGCCUUCCAGAGCGACACGGGCAUCUCCGCCCUGCGCAGGGUGCUCACCGCCUACGCCUCCAGGAACCCCAAGAUCGGCUACUGCCAGGCGAUGAACAUCCUGACAUCGGUGCUGCUGCUCUACGCUAAGGAGGAGAGGCCCUUCUGGCCUGUGGCCGUCUGUGAGCGGAUGCUCCCCGACUACUUCAACGACAGGAUCAUCGGAGCCCUGGUGGACCAGGCGGUCUUCGAGGAGCUGAUCCGGGACCACCUGCCCCAGCUGGUGGAGCACAUGGCGGACCUGAGCUUCUUCUCCUCGGUGUCGCUGUCCUGGUUCCUCACGCUGUUCGUCAGCGUGCUGCCCAUCGAGAGCGCCGUCAACGUGGUGGACUGCUUCUUCUACGACGGCGUGAAGGCCAUCCUGCAGCUGGGCCUGGCCGUGCUGGGCGCCAACAUGGAGGCUCUCAUCAGUUGCCACGACGACGCCGAGGCGGUCACCAUCCUCAACAAAUUCUUCGACAGCGUGACCAAUAAGGACAGCCCCCUGCCGCCCACGGUGCAGCAGGCGUCGCUUAGCAACAGCGACCGGUCCUCCCACGCCACCGUGGACAUCAGCGAGUUGAUCCGGGAAUCCUACGAGGUAAGUACGGCAGCAUCCGCUCGGAGGACGUGGAGAGCUCCAGGAAGAGGAACAAGCUGUUUGUGAUCCAGACCCUGGGAGACACCACCAAGCAGAAACGUGGUGGGGCGGAGCCUUUGGUUUGAUGGGGAUGCGACGUGUGGCGGCCAGGGGGGCUCGCUCGGUUAACCUUGGCCUUGUUUCCUUUCCUAUCUCCUCGCUCCUAGCUCC